GGUCAGGUGUGGUGAACUCGUCCAAGGAAGUGAUGGAGGUGGUGUCUUCAGGGGUGAUGUGUGAUGGAAAAAGCGGGUGCGGGAGGGGGCGGGCUCGGGUUGGUGAUGGGGGUGGAGGAGUCGAUCGUGGUCAACAAGGGGCAUGUCGGGUUCGUGGGCGAGGGCGGUUGCAAGGUCUUUGUGGCAUACUUGUUUGAUGUGGGAGAUAAACGCAAAGUCGGGAAUGACGGUGGUGGGGAGGUGGUGGCGGAGGGAGCGGACAUAUUGGACGAAGCGGUCCAUGGGACCGGUCUGGCGGAGUUGGCAGAAUUGUUCAAGGUAGUCAUCAAUGGUUUUCUUAGGGCGGAAGGUGGCAGUGAGAAGGUUGGCCCAUUGGAGGAAGGAGUGACGUGGUCCUCCGGAGGCUCGGCGGUUGCUGACUUCAACAAUCCACCAUUUAGCGACAUUGCCGAGGAGGCGGGAGGUGGCAAUGGGGAGCCAGUGGGCAAGGGGAUUGGGCCCAUGUUGGGGGAAGAUGGAGUGGAUGCGGUGGCUGAGGCGACGAUUGCGGAUGAGGUGGAGGCAGAUGCGGCGGCAGCGACGGUGGAGGCGGCGUCGACGGCUGCACGUUGGGAGGUCUUGGUUUGGCGUGGGGGCAUGUGGAGAUUCCGAGUUAGAGAAACAACACCAGGCAGUGGAGAAGCUCCGACAGGCAGUGAAGAAGCUCCGACAGGCAGGGCGGAACCACAAGGAUGCUACACGGACACUUCAUACCCGUCUACAGGACUUAAGCAAGCACCACCAAGACCAGAUGCCGGUGAAUCCAACAAUGCAGCCUCUACCCGCCAGUUGGACCAACGAGUUGAUCAUGUUCUUGUAAUGCUCAACAACAUCAGCACCUUCGCCACACCGACCUCCUUCAGCGAGCAGCUCGACACCUUGAAGAAGAAGGUUCAACAACUACACCAGCUGCCUGACAACGAUGGCAGCACCAGUGCAUCGCGGCAGUACAGGAUGCCGACGUUCCUGAUCGAGAAGUUUGACGACUAUACGCAUCAGGACCUGGUCCCCUGGUGCCAGGGCUUUUCGACGGAGCUUCGGAUUCAUCAGGUCCCCGAUCACUUGUACAUCUCGACGCUGUUCCUCAACGCCAAGGGUGGAUGCCAAAUCUGGCUCAACCACAUGGCAACCAUCCACGACGUUCGGGUCUCCGAUUUGCACAAGAAGAUCUCCUGGGACGAGAUGACGAGGGAAUGGAAGUGGUGGUUCAUUGUCGACGACACCCCGACGCUCGCCAUUAACCGCCUCUUCAGCAUGACUCAAGGCAACACACCAACACGCGACUGGCUCACAGGAUGGCAAAAGAUUGUGGCAACACCCGAUCUUGACUUGCCAUUUUCGCAUCUGCGCCGGGAGUUCUACAAUCGGUCGUGUGCCGCCUUGAGCCUCGUACUUGGUGAUCGAGACCAGUACACGACCUUCCGCCGAAAUCAUCGACAAGGUGCGAGAGAUCAUCAAGACCAACCGGGCUGCUGCACACGAGAAAUCAGCAUGGCAGCCAGCCUAUGUGGAGAGAGGAAAUUUGGUCCGCGUCCGCAGCCUGUCGCUGCAGUCCAACCGGACAACCUUGUGGAAGACCCGACAUCCACCCCAGCAUCACGUGAGGGAGAUCAGCUGGUCGUCGUCCAGCCCCGAAGCAACUACAACUCCCGUCGAAAAGGGAAGUACCACGACUCGCGAAUCGCUGGCCAUUUCGGAGCCAAUCGAACUAUUGCACGACUUCGGCAACAAUUUCGGUGGCCCCACGUCAUCCCCGAUGUCACUCGGUAUUGCGACUCUUGCGAAGUUUGCCGUCGAAGCAAGUCCCGCAACCGCAAUCCCUACGGCGAGUUGCGCCCGUUGCCUAUUCUCCGAGAACCCGACACCUCCAUUGCUAUGGACGUCACCGACCCGUUUCCCCGCGACCGCUUCGAGCACGACGGCAUCCUCACGGUUGUUGACCGUUUGAGUAAGUUCGCGCGGUUUCUUCCAUGCAAGUACUACACCACAGCUCCCGAGCUCGCGCGGCUCUUGCACACCUACUGGAUCUGCAGCCACGGUGCUCCGGAAGACAUCCUCAGCGACGGCAACACUCGGUUCAUGUCGACAUUUUGGAUGAAGGAGUCCGGCACCGAAAUGAAACCAAGUUUGGCUCGGCACCUACAAACAGACGGGCAAACGGAGAGAGCACAUCAGACUGCUCAAAUGAUGCUUCGUACGCUCAUCCGUCCGGAUCAAAAGGAUUGGGUUGACCCCGACAUCGAGUUUGCCUACAACACUUCGUUGCAUCCGGCGAUUGGCAUGACUCCAUUCGAGUUGCACCACGGUGGCCGGAAAGGCCGUAUCUUCGCUGAUCUUCUCCUCCCACGAACUGUCGACAUAGACGCCGCUUGCUCUCCCGCCUCCGUCCGGAAGUACAGGGAAUUGCUGACUCAAGCCCGUGCGAACGUGCACAAGGCUCAAGUCCGCAUGCGGCAGCAAGCCAACAGGCAUCGCGUGCCGUGUCCCAUCCGCGCCGGCGAUCUGGUUUGGGUCUCCGCGGAAGAGUUUGCGGUUGAACAGGAUGUUUCACGCAAGCUACUCCCCAAGUGGUUUGGACCAUGGACCGCCCUUUCAGCCGCAGGUGACAAGCCCGACGGCCCAUCCUUUGUGAUCGACAUCCCUCCGCAUCUGCCGGUCCAUCCAGUCUUUCACGCGUCGAAGCUGGCCACAUAUACAUCGGCUAAGAGCGACGAUUUCCCGGGCCGACGAUCGCAAGACCCUCCUUCUAUGGAUGGUCAUCAGGAAGUCAACCGCGUCAUCACGGAUUGCAAGUACAGCAACAAGCCUCGACAGUACAAAAUAGUUAAUCGGUUGGAGUCACUGGAGUCGGUUCUCUCAGAAAACUGGCCACGACCAAAUGCGUCACAUAUCCCUGGAUAUCGAUACAUGUGCUUUGAUCGGGGAACCAAAGUCGUACAGUCCUCCCCCACUGGCAAGAUAACGACGCUUUCCAAGGAUUCACUGCGUCUCCUCAAUCAGGUGCGAGCAGAAAUAGAUGGGAAGCGGCUGACUGCAGAACGUUCUCGGAGAGCCAAUACGGGUGGCAAGCAAGGGACACUUGGUGAUGUUGAACUGUGUGUACGAGGGACCAACAAUUGUUGGGUGGUUAUGAGGAGAGAAGGAGAGCGUGAACUGUACGUGGUCAUGGAGAAAGCCGGUGAAACUCUUGCGCUCACAUCAGAGGCUAUUGAUCAACUGAGCAACAGAUUUUUUGACGGAGUUUUCACAGUGGACUGAUCCCUCCAUUUGCAGUCGCUUGAUAAAUCCAUACUAGGAAGGAGUUUCAUUGGGAAUGUCAGGACCAUGCUCUGUGGGCCGACUACCGCCCGAAACUCGUGAAGCAAGGGUACAUUGCCAACACCGUCCCAACAGCUGCAUUGACGUCAAGAGCUGAAACAUCAGGACCAUGCAUAGUGCCAAGAGCUUGGAUAGACAAACAGCUGGGAGUACAUGUGUAGCUUGGGGGUACGUAAACAGCCUGGAGUUGAUGUGACUGGUGAACCUAAAGCGGGUAGCUACACAUGAACUGCAAGCUGAAAGAACCAGGAGAUUCUACAAGUGCAAAAAUGUCUGAUAGGGAUGCACAGCGCUGACCUGGAGUGGGAGGAGACUUCGACAAGUGCAGAACUCUCAGAGAAGGUGUAGAGUCUGCAGACAGAAGUUCACCAUAAACGAGAGAGAGAUGAACAACGGGGCAUUCAUGUGUGUGGAGGUCCACUGGCACACUGAAACUAAUGACGACUGUAUACGAAGGUGAGCUAUCCAGAGGUGAUGAUGAUGAUGGUGAUGAUGAUAGUGAAAACGACAGUGGACAUCAUCACACAGCAGCACAGUCGGACGAAGGAACCAUUAACUACCCUCUGAAGUGAAUGUAGCAAGUCGAGCUGAAGCUCAUUUAACC